GUAGCGAGUUGGCAUUCGCAAGCAAGCCUCUGAACUCAGCACGCGUCUCUUUGAGGCUGUGCGCGCGCGCAUUCUAGACCACUACAGGGUGACGAUGGUAAAACGAUAAACGUAUUAACGUGAUUGGUUAUUGGACUUAAAUAGUGAAGUGAUUCUAAUACAGCCAUGGGUUUGGACUUUUUGGAACAUGGGGCGGAUUUUGAAGCUGCCAUUUCGGCGACAGGUUUCGGCCGCUUCCACUUCUUUUUGUUGGCCAUCACAGGUCUGAUCUACGCAGACACUGCCAUUGGUAUCACCAUAGUGUCUUUCGUCCUACCAGCAGCGACAUGCGACUUCCGGAUGACGUCUUCCGAUAAGGGAUGGCUGACUGCAGCCCCUAUGUUAGGUAUGGUCAUCGGUUCAUACUUCUGGGGUUGUUUGGCGGACACCAAAGGUCGUAAGAUCGUGUUGGUCUCCACCCUGCUGCUCGACGGUUUUGUUGGCAUCAUCUCCUCGUUCGUACAGAUCUUGCCCAUCUUCAUGGCCUGCAGAUUCAUCAACGGUUUUGCCGUUGCUGGUGCUAUGGGUAUUUGUUUCCCGUACCUCGGAGAGUUCCAAGCUACUAAAUACAGAGAGAAGAUCCUGUGCUGGAUGGAAAUGUUCUGGACUCUUGGUGUUAUCUUACUACCACUGAUCGCUUGGGCCAUCAUUCCCAUCCAGGGCAUUAGAAUGGAGAGUGGCAUGUUCUCGUAUGACUCUUGGAACUGGUUCGUCGCCGCAUGCGGUGUCCCCUCACUCAUGCUCGGCUUCUGGCUCAUGACCUUCCCCGAAAGCCCCAAGUUCAUGAUGGAGUGCGGCGACUACGACGAUGCCCUCGCCUGCCUAAAGACGAUCUACAAGCAGAACACUGGCGAUGAUCCCGAUAACUACCCCAUCAAAAGCCUCAAGGAGAAAGUACGCACUGUGUCAGUUGCUUCCCAAAGUUCACAGAAGUCCGUCCGAUCUCUAAGUAUGCGUAAACGUAAGGAUCUCAAGAGGCUGUUCAGCGAAAUCUGGACACAAACCAAAGCUCUGUGUAGAGCACCCUAUCUCAAAUACACGAUACUCACUUGUCUUAUUCAAUUUGGCUUAACUACAAGCUACUAUACCCUGAUGGUCUGGUUCCCCGAGUUAUUCAACCGUUACGAAGAGUUCGAACACCGUUUCCCGAACACGUCUGCCUCAGUCUGCGACGUUUCUGGUAUUGUUGUUGACAAUGAAGCCGCCGAUCCCUUCGACUGCGAGAAGAUCAUUGACCAGAGCGUCUACAUGCACACCCUGAUAGUUGGUCUCGCCUGUAUCCCCACAUCGUUGUGGCUACCACUAUGCGUACACAAACUUGGAGCUAAGUUCUUCCUCAUCUUCUCUCUUGGAUUUGCCGGCGUGGUCACAAUGGGUCUCUACUUCGUGCAGAACUCCAUCCAGAACUUGGUCCUCUCGUGUAUCUUUGAGGCUCUGACGUCACUCGCGAUCAGUCUUGUGUUCUGUGUGCUGGUCGACCUGUUCCCUACAAAUCUCAGGGUAAUGGCAGCAGCUCUAUCACUGACGGCUGGUCGAGGUGGAGGUCUGAUCGGCAACCUGUCUUUCGGCUACCUCAUAGAUAUCAAUUGUGUUGUCCCGAUUGUUGUAUUUUCGGCAUUCCUGUUCACUGCCGCAAUUCUGUGCUUCUUCUUACCAAAGACGGGUCAAGAAGCGCUCGAUUAAACAUAAUUAAACCUAGAUAGUGCAAAUGAGUUGUUGGAACGUUUAACCUUACAGUUGUGUACAUAUAAGAUGUAAAUAUUGUGGAUUAAGACUAUUCAGUCGUGUUGAGCCACAAAGCGGCACAAAACCGCGCCCGCCCGUUCGUGUUGGGCCCCUACAACCGCGGACGUGCCUUGUUACCGUUACUGUGUCAGUAUUUUGUUGAAUUGUUAUUUGUAAGAUUGAACAACAGUAUUUUAGUGUUGACUUUGUAAUAUAAUGCCCUUAAAUUAUUAUAUUUAUUAUUAAAGGUUAAUUGAAUUUA